UCAGACACGAUGUCUUUCAAUGAGACUGAGAAUAUUCUUCUGUGUUAUCCUUUACAUCCAGACUCUUGUCCUAGAACUCAUCGUCUUACUGGAGUUAAAAUGGCAAUGUACACUUUCAUGUUACUCAUGAUCCUCACAACAGUUUUUGGGAAUUUGCUGAUCAUCAUCUCCAUCUCUCACUUCAAACAGCUUCAGUCUCCAACUCAUCUGAUCGUUCGGUCUCUUGCUGCCAGCGACUGUCUGCUGGGUUCACUGGUGAUGCCCUACAGUAUGGUGCGAUCUGUCGAGGGCUGCUGGUUUUUAGGAAAUGUUGUUUGUAAAGUGCAUUCUAGUUUGGACAUGACCUUCUGUAUCUCUUCUUUGAUACAUCUUAGUUUAAUAUCUAUUGAAAGGUACAUGGCCAUCUGUGACCCUCUGAGGUACAAAAUGAGAAUAACAAACAGAACUGUGACUGUAUUUACCACCUUCACGUGGCUCUUUUCAUUUGUGUACAGUUUUAGCAUCGUGUUUUCAGGGGUGAAUGCUGUUGGUAUGGAGAUGCUUAUUUUGCAAAUGUCCUGUGUGGGAAGCUGUGUUCUGUUUUUUAACAGACAGUGGGGUCUUAUUUGUCCCAUUCUCACAUUCUUUCUUCCCGGGACUAUCAUGAGCUGUCUGUAUAUGAAGAUUUUUCAUGUGGCAAGAAAACACGCAAGAGUUAUGUCAGAAAGAGCGACUGUGGGGAUAACAGGGGGACUGAAAAAUCAAAGCUCUGCUCAUAGAGAAAGAAAAGCAGCUACAACUCUGACCAUUGUCAUGGGUGUGUUUUUGCUCUGUUGGUUGCCCUAUUUUACUGUUACUGUUAUCGGUCCGUUUCUCAGUUUUGUGACCCCAGCUGAUGUUUUUGAAGUUUUAGUUUGGUUUGCAUAUUUUAAUUCCACUUGUAAUCCUUUGAUCUAUGGAUUUUUCUAUCCUCGGUUUCAAAAGGCCUUUAAGACUCUAAUAUCCACUUAUAUCUGUGGAUUCAAGAACUCAGUCAGUUUGGUAUUUGAAUAA